AUGCCAAAGCCCAGUGUCCCCCCAAAGAGGAGGCACCAUGCCUCCAUGGCAUGCGUGUCAUGUCGGGAAAGUAAGGUCAAGUGUGACGGCGGUAAGCCCCAAUGCUCCAGCUGCAUGAACAAGCACCGCGAAUGUCGAUACCAGGCCGUAGACAAGAGAAAACUCCCACUCCGCGUUGCCAUAGAGCUUCUAUCAAGCAGAGUUGAACAGCUCUGUCUCUUCAUCCACGAAAGUGGAUUGGAGGCCCCGCCCAUGCCACAAGAAAAGGACACUGCUUUGGCUAAAGUCCUUGAUGUUCUUGGCUUAACUGAAGUUCAUUCAGCCGCAAGAUACAAUCGAACUAACAGCAAAUCCCCCAAUCCAAACUCCCCAUCUGCAAGCGAUGAUCUGCCUUCUGAGGCACCGAAUUCUAUGCCGUUCUCAGCUCCUGGUGUAGAAAAUGAUCUAAAUACUUGGGCUCAGACCUCGAGAUCACCGGACAACGCAUCGCAAAAUUCUCGGUCGAGUUUUACAAUGCUUUCGGACCCUCACGCCAUUUCGACACUGCCCAUGGUCCUUGACACUGGGAUCUCCAUUGCAGAACAGUAUCCACCAACUGAUGAUCACUCUGAUAAUUUAUUGGCCAAUUGGGACUGGACCUUGGACUUUGAGACAUGCAUUACGCCCCCAUCUCCAGACAUCGGAGACAUUGGCGUAGAACCACUACAGCCGCCAGGGAAACCAUUGGAUAGGGUACCUGAGCCCUUUGAGUCCGCCGUCAUUCAAAGCCCACCCAGCCUCGACAAUGAUUCCAGGAGCACGGAAGAAAUUGAAGAUCUUAUCGACGAGAUUUCUGAUCGGAUGGGCACAUUGCGCUUUGGUCCUGGAGGAAGAGCUCGCUUCUAUGGCCCGACAUCGACUUUCAACCUUGCCGAUGCUCCAGUAUCUAUCAACACUCAGACACAUCGUAUCGUCGAUCAUUUCGAUGACGCAGAAUAUGAUAGACAAGUCCCAUUAUCUCUCGAGGAGCAUCUUCUUAAUCUCUAUUUUGCCUGGCAAGAUCCUUCGUUCCACGUCGUCGACCGAGAAUUGUUCGAAAAGGGAAAGACUGCGUGGGAUGGGAAAGAAGAGACCCCGUUCUAUUCCGAGGCACUCUGCUAUGCAAUGUGUUCUCUCGGCGCUGCUUUUGAGACCCGUUAUCAUCCAUCCUUUGUGACGUUCCCAAAGUCUCUCGGUGAAUUCUUCGGGGACCGUGCAAAAGAACUGCUUGAAAUUGAAUUAGACUCUCCAUGCGUGGCAACAGUCCAAGCACUAGUCAUCUUGAGCAGCCAUGAAAUCGGUAUAGGCUCAGAUACACGUGGAUGGCUCUACAGUGGAAUGGCCCUUCGGCUUGCUUUUGAUCUUGCCUUGCAUAUCGACCUUUCUUCCUAUGUUGCUCGUGGAUCUGUUACCGCUGCAGACGCCGAGCUGCGUCGAACCGUUUUUUGGGCUGCGUAUAUGGUAGACCACCUGGUCGGAUUCUACCUUGGUAGACCUUUCUACACCAACAUGGAGGAUGUUACAGUCAAAAAACCCAAUAAUGACGUCGACUAUCGAGAACCUUGCAAAUGGACGCCCUACGCAUCUCCCAUCCCAUUUGACAAUGAUUCCGGGUUAUUUGACUGUGUGGGGGCUGUCAGUGAACAGGAAGUCUCCCUAUGUGAACUUAUGGCACCCUGCGGCUAUUUUCUGUAUGGAACGUCAGGUAUUCCAAGAGCCUUGCUUCAACAGCUCAAUGCAAAUAAUGUUGCCAAGCUUCUCAGUUGGAAAGCUCAGUUGCCUUCAGUUUUACAGAUCGACCUUAACGAUCACAGUUCUCCUUAUCUUCCACAUGUGUUGCUACUUCACAUGCAAUAUUACCAGAAUCUCAUCUACAGUCAUCGACCCUGGAUGUCAAAAGGCUACCUGCAACCACAACCUCCGAAGGGACCUGGGUUCACUCACGCUCGAGAAAUGUGCAUUAAUUCCGCCAUCUCCAUUGCCAAAAUCCUUGUAUUGUACGAGACCAGAUAUACCCUCCGCCGCAUAAACAUUAAAGCAGUCUCAAUUACAUCCUCCGCCGUGCUACUACUUCUCUUCGCUGCCGUUUCCCAGUACCAAACUGAAGAAAACGAGAAUAUCAUCGCUCAUCUGAGUACCUGCUUCAGGGCCCUUGAUGAGUUCUCUCUAUCCUGGCAAAGUGCCAAUCGUGCUAAAGACCUUCUGGUAAGGCUACAGCACAAAUGGGAGAUUCGUACCCGUGCUACUAAGCCGGACCGUGGACCCGAUGGGGCUAGUUACCCCCCCAGAAAGCGAUCACGAACACUUAAUGGAUCCGACUCCAUAAUCCCGAAUAAUGGAAGGUCUUUAAGCACACAGCCUGAGACGCGCGAUUUCCAACUCGAGUCUGGGUUGGGCUGGAUGCUCAUGCUCAGUGGUCAGCUUCCGUCGGAUGGGGAUGAAGAUCUCUAUUCCUUUGUUGCAAAUGCAGGUAUCCCAGAAUCUGAAAAUGAGACUAGAUAG